CCUUUAUCGACAUUUUGCCUUUCGAUGCACACGACCGUCCCUUAUCGGUGCCCGACCCAGUCUGCGGCGUAACUUGUCAUCCUCUGCCAUCCGUUUUGUAGAUGAUGUUGGAGGCUCAACUAGCAUCCCUGACUCGGCUGAAACCGUAAAGGAACUCGCUGACGUUGAAGAUGGUGAUCUUUCUUCUAUGUCUGAAGAGGAGCGUUUGCUGCUGGAGGCAGAGGAGGAAGGCAUCCAGUCUGAGGAUGCCUUGGCUGAGCAGUCUGAGGAUGCUGCAGAAACGAUAACGGAGGAGAUGGAUGAAUUCGAGGGAGAGCCAGAGGAGGAUGAAAGGCAGUCCGGCCAACCAAAGUCGUACGCUGCAUUCAUGGAGAAAAUGGGAGGGCGGUUUAAAACAGCUAAUGAGCUAAAGUGGCUUGGUGGCGAUAUCCCAUUUCCAAUGAAUCGUUCGUUCAAACCUCCCCCGCCUCUUUCCGAUAGUCAUAGGUCAAUCAUCUACGAGGAGUACAUGAAAGACCCUGUGAAGAACAACGUGAGAGAGCUAGCACAGCGCCACCACCUUAGUCUGGGUCGCGUCGACGCUAUUCUCAGGUUAAAGGGGAUGGAACACGCUUGGGUCAAGUCUUUAAGACACCUACAUGGUUAUAUUUUUUUAAUUUCUCCUGAAACCUCUCCUUCCUUCUAUGAUCACCAUCACUUACUGUUCUCUCUAGGUGAAAGCAUCACUUAUGCCUGUCUUUUCGUACUGACAUCAGGCCUCUUACCACGUUUCUAGGAAGUAAGUUCAGUCCAUAUUGUUCUCGUCGAUGACGAAACUUUCUAUUCAUUCGCGAAAUGUAAGACCGGCUGUGGUGCCUUACAUCGCCCAGUCAAUGGUUAUAACGAUUUCAACCCCAUCUGAUUGAAUUACUUUUAAUGGUCUUCGAACGGCGCUAACCAUUGGUCCCAGGGUAAAACUCUUCAGACCGGUUUUCGCAUCGGCAUGGAGAAGCUUGUAUCUGUCCGUGACAGUAGGCGACGGAUACCAACUAGAGAGGACGCCAACGAAGCCGAUGAAAUUGAGGAGGAGCCUGGACGUCAGGCUGCAAGAGACCGGUAUGAGCGACACUAUUGGGAGUCUCUAAUGGAAGAUGCGG